AUUCUUUUACCCCAAUAAAUAGGUCUCGCAAGUUUGCACGCUUGUUUUUCUUUGUCUCUUUCUCCCUUCCUUUUUUUCAUAGAAGCUUGGAUUAGACAGGAGUCUACCACAACGACCCCAAGCAUGUCAACCGGAUCUGAGAAGGGUAUCACGACCGUGAAACAGAAUGUCUGCGUUAUCCCCGACCUCACAAUCAAGGACUUGUUGAGCGCCAUCCCCGCUCACUGCUUCAAGCGUUCAGCGUUGCGGUCAUCACUAUACGUUGUGUACGACCUGGCGGUGAUCUCUGGUCUCUACAAGUCUGCAAGUUAUCUAGACACUUUCAUCUCCCCAGAACAUAUUUCCCUCCCUCAUCCUUUGCUCUAUCCCGCUGCACGCUUCUCUCUCUGGGCAGGGUACACAUUCUGGACGGGUCUCUUCGCCACUGGUCUUUGGGUCAUUGCUCACGAGUGCGGCCACCAAGCGUUUUCAGAGUCCAAGUUGAUCAACAACAGUGUUGGUUGGGUCCUGCAUUCUGCGCUCGGUGUACCAUACCAUUCGUGGAGGAUUAGCCAUGCCAAACAUCAUGCUUCAACUGGCCAUAUGACUCAGGAUCAGGUCUUUGUCCCCAAGACACGUUCCCAGCUUGGCUUGCCCGCAUUCGACCCGACGAAGGAGGAUAUCCUUGGUUCAAGUGUUUCGGAUGAUGUGAUGAGGGAGCUGAAGGAGGCGCUGGGCGACUCUCCUAUUGGCGCAACCAUUGGUGCUGCUACCUAUUUGCUUGGCGGCUUCCCUGCAUACCUUAUCCGCAAUGCAUCUGGUCAGAAGCGUUACCCCAAGGGCACCAACCACUUCAGUCCUGAUGCUGUGAUUUUCGCGCCUCAUCAGCGCGGGUCAGUCAUUCUGUCUGACAUUGGUAUCGUGCUCUGGCUCGCUGCUAUUAGCGGCUCCAUCUAUACAUAUGGGUUCUGGACCGUGUUCCGUGUCUACCUGAUGCCUUACCUCUGGGUCAACCACUGGCUUGUCCUCAUCACGUUCCUCCAACAUACCGACCCUCUCCUCCCCCACUACCGUGCCUCUGAGUUCACUUUCCCUCGCGGCGCUCUGGCUACUUUGGACCGCAACCUCCUUGGCGGUUGUGGCUCGAUCAUGGGUUGGAUCGGUGCUCAUGCUACCCACGGUAUCUCUGAGACCCACGUCCUUCAUCACGUCUCCAGCAAGAUCCCUCACUACAAUGCUUGGGACGCUGCUGAUGCUCUUCGCAAGCGCCUUGAACAAGCAGGUCUUAAACUGGAUGGUGCCCCUGGUGGAUGGAUGGAAGUCUACAGGGUUUUCAAGGAGUGCAAGUUUGUUGAGGAUGAGGGCAACAUUGUUUUCUACAAGAACUCCUCCGGUCUUGCUGCCACUCGCCCUGCGUUCACUGAUGGCAGCGCUAGUGACUCUGGUAUUGAGGUUGACAAGAUUUAAAAGCGUAGUCUUGCGUUAUAGAGACGCCUGUAGAUCGCCCAUAGAUCUGGCUAUUAUGAUUCAUAACAUAAAUGGCUUUGGGGCAAUGGGGUUUAGGUGAACAUUAUUAGAGUCCUAUGAUCUUGCAUUAUGAUAAUUCUAAUGGACGACACAAUGAAUGAAUGACUUUUGUGCUGGCCACGUC